UAUUAUAGAUAUGCGUACUCCAUCAAGGUCAUCAUGGGAUGGAGAUAACACAAAGACUCCUGUGAGGAGAAGUGCUUGGGAUACUCCUACACCAGCUCAUUUAUCCAGUUUUGAUGAACCUAGAUGGACUGGUACUCAUGGCUCUCUUGAUACACCAUUGCCAACUCCUUCUCAUUUAUAUAAUGACUGGGCUAAUGAUCGUAAAAGCUUUGGAAGGCCUACAAAAGAAGGCAAUGUGGAUGAUGACGAUAUUAAGUUCAGUAGCAUGGAAGACAGAAUCGAGUGGGAAGAUGAGCAAAAAAGGAUGGAUCGUGCAUGGUAUGAUCUGGAUAGUGGAUAUGAUGAUACUAAUAAUCCAUUUGCUAACAUACCAGAAGAAUAUACUAAGAAGAAAGAAGAGAAACUUAUGAAAACCACUGUAAAGAGAAUGUCUGCUCAACAAAGACAGCUAAAUAAAGAUAAUGAAAAGUGGGAGACCAAUCGUCUAUUGACAAGUGGCAUUGUUCAGCAAGUUGAUGUUGAUGAUGAUUUUGAGGAUGAGGCUGAGUCUAAAGUUCAUUU